CCAGCUGUUAUCUCUGAGGAAUGAAACAGUAUCAUAGAGCAGAUACUUGCUCAGAAGGAACCCAUUCAGAGACGAGAGCAGGAGAGUUAACUCUGUCUGCCAUGCCCUAAUGAGAGUGGCCCGUACGCAUACAACCAAAAAAUCUGAGGUGCUGAGCCGAGGUGAGAUUGGAAAUAAUGGCAUUCCCCGGAGGGACGUGGCUUCUACUUUGUAUACUGGGAGGAGAAAUGACAAAAAUUACAAGAGGGGGAACAUGUGAGGUGAAUCCGGAACAGAAGUGUGACUUUUUCUGCGACUGUGACGACUGCACAGAUGAACUCCACUGUGGUUACGAUGGUAAAGGGUUUCUGUGUGAUUUCGAGAGGUCAGAUAUGUGUGGCUGGGCAGACCGCUCCAUUGAGGAGCCAUACAGGUGGGAACGGAGACAGACAGAGGCCAGGCUGGCUGACAGCGGCCCGUCCUGCGAUUACACUACCGGAACUGAUGUUGGCUGGUUUAUGGGUGUGACAUCUGUGAGUAGCAACAGCAACCUGACUGCUUUGUUAAGAUCUCCCAUGAUGCAGCAGUCCUCAGCCACAUGCCGUCUGGUGAUCCGCUACUUCAUGUGGGACCCAGACCACCCUGUAUUGAAAGGUGUCCCUCUGUGGGCGUCCAUUUUGGGGCGCGAUGGCCACCAAGCCAUAAUAUGGAGGCCAGAGAGGACCGGCACCCGUGGGUGGAGGGAGGACACAGUGUUCCUCGGCCGAAUUUCCUCCCCCUUCUAUCUCCAACUGCACUCCACUCGGGACCAGGGGCGGCGCGGUGAUGUAGCAGUGGAUCACCUGGAAUUCCGAGAUUGUGCUCUGCCUAGGUCAAGCCCAGGCUGUCUGCAGGGUUGGUUUGAGUGCAGGAGGGGUGGCUGUGUGGAAGAGCGUCAGGUAUGCGACGGAACAGACGACUGUGGUGAUGGUUCGGAUGAGGAUAUGUGCACUACUCCUGAAGGCUACUGGUUUUGUGACUUUGAGGAGAGUCAAUGCGGUUGGGAUCUGAGGACUAUCUCUGCACUUAAGUGGAGAGUUAACAAUCAAGCAAAUAUAUCUUUGUCGGAUCCUCUGAAGGGUCCCGGACGAGACCACUCCUCCAACACAGUGUCAGGAAAUUUCCUCUACGUGACAAAGCCUGACAAUUGGACCACACUAAAAGACGACUGGUCAUCAUUUCACAGUCCUUUGCUGGAACCGACCAAUAGCACACACCACUGCAAGAUGGUGAUGUACACUCACCAGUUUGGUCCACGCUGUGGGGGUCUGUCUGUUCUGGUUGCUGGGGAGCAGAUCUUCCCUGUGUGGGAGCGCGGAGGGUCACUGGGAGACUUGUGGGUACGUGCAGAGGUGGACUUUGUUGUCAACAGCACCUUUCAGAUCUUAUUUGUUGCUGCUAUCCGAGACCAAGAAUAUGGUGGCGUUGCCAUAGACAACAUCAUGCUAUCACCGGGUUGCCAGAAAUCUAAUGGGAAACCCCCAAUCCCGAGCUGGCCAAAACCCCCAGGUCAUCCCUGCACAGAUCAACUUGAGCUGUAUUGUAACUUUCAUGCAGACUGUUCAGAAGCAGAAGAUGAGGCACAAUGCGGUGAUUUCUCCUAUGGCAAAGGAAGCUCGGGAUGGACAGACACCAGUAUUGGCAGUCAGGGCUGGAUGUUGACAACCACUGGCACUGAUACAACAGAGAGCUACCUGGGUGUAGUGUCUGCCCCUGGUCAGCAGCUGAGUGAGGCCCAGAUGAGGACUCCCCUGCUGGGGCCCUCUGGCCCUGCCUGCUCCCUCUCCUUCUCCUACCAGCUCACUGGCAAAAACACACACAUUGGCUCCCUGACUCUCAGUGUGGUGGACAGUGUGCUCGGCCACCAGCCCAAACUGUGGGAAAUUAGUGGGAGAACCUCAGAAUUCUCAGGGGAUUGGCAGACCCACACAGUCUAUGUUGGGGCUCGCUGUAAUCGUUUUCAGCUUGAGUUCUCAGCCCACGCCAACCAGCUGAGCAAUCAGUCUCAGAUUGCAGUGAAAGAUGUCCACUUCAUCACGUGCCAUGCUGACUACAUCCCCUCCACUCCAACAGGGCUGCGGUGUAAUUUCGAGGAGGAUCUGUGUAGCUGGUACCAGGAUCAGUCUGACAACUAUGACUGGGCAUGGGAGACCGGGAUGGACCACACCAUUUCUGUUGGCUCUAGUAUGGUGGUAAAAAUGUGGUCAACAUCUCUGCGAGGACUAAGUGGUCGGCUGGUAUCUUUCCCUCAGACUGCCACAACAGAAAAACACUGCUUGUCCUUCUUCUACAAGCUCUAUGGCCCCCACACAGGAGGUCUGAGCGUAAAGUUACUCCACUCAGAUCGUACAGAAGAUUUGCUUUGGACGCGAUCAGGGGCCCAUGGCAACAGGUGGCAUGAGGGCUUCUGCCUGGUGUCAUCCCCCCUCAAUUCCUACCAGUUGGUUUUUGAAGCACAGCGCUCUGCCUUCAAUGGGCUGGUGGCCAUUGAUGACAUCUCAUAUGUACCGGGCCUCUGCUCACUGCACAACAUGUGCCCGUUCGAGGGCCAGGACUGUGGCUACAGUAGCAGUGGAGUUGUGCCUUGGGUGCGUCAGCGAGCUGGGGCCGGCAAUGGCCCCAAGACAGACCACACCCUGGAAACCGAUAAUGGUUUCUACAUGGUGGUAAACACAGGAGCUGAUGUUCUCCCUCCAGGAGACGUGAGCAUCCUUACCUCACCACCGCACAUGGGCACCACACGGAUGCAGUGUGUGCACUUCUGGUACCACAGCCAAGGGAAGCACUCUGGUUCAUUAAGUGUGUAUGUAAAGCAUGGGUCUGAGACGAGGGAGAAAGUCUUUGGCAGUGAUGACAUCAGCCAAGGAGACGUGUGGCGUCAUGGUAACGCCAACAUCAGCAGCCAAGGCAACUUUCAGGUAGAGUUUGAGGUAUCAGGAACAGGGGGAGAUGGAACCUUCAUUGCCAUUGAUGAUGUUGCAUUCUCGGAGCACAGCUGUUCUGCUAAGGGUGCUGUGUGUGAUCUAGAGAGGGGCCUUUGUGGCUGGUCUAACACUCAGAGCUCCACUCGGGAUCAGCUAGAUUGGGAGGUCACCUCUGCCUCGCUCGAGUCUCGCCUUCCAACCCCACCAGAGGACCACACACUCAAGACUGACAAAGGUCAUUUUCUGUUCCUACCCAGUACACCUCGGACACCAGCGGGCACCAAGGCUGUGCUGUCCAGCCCUCACCUGCCCGCCUCCCAUGUGUCCUGUCUCCGCUUCUGGGUCUACAAACAUGGCAGCUUCGGCAAACUCCGGGUGUUGCGUUCAGCUCUCCAGUUAGAACACGAGAUGUUCAUCACAGAGGAGGGAGAGAGCUCUGACUGGACGAGACUAGACAUAAACAUCACCUCUCAAGAGGAGUUCCAGAUAUUAUUUGAAGGCAGUACUGGGAAGGAGGGUGUGUUGGCCCUGGAUGACAUUGAGUUCAGAGAGGGUGUGUCCUGCUCUGAGUUCAUCACACCACCCCCCACUGUCCCACCCACAAGCGAUGCAGCAGGUAUUGCAGUGUCCAUCACUCUUACUGUGAUCCUGCUGGGGGCAUUUGUGGGCAUCUUGUUCUUCUACCUGCGGCUGCGUCAGAAGAUCAAGGCUAGCUUGUAUGACAACUUUGUGGAUGAGUUCAGUAAUUCCAAUGAAAUCAGCAAUGAGCCAGACUCGAGGGAUCGUGAAUCUACCUCCCAAAGCCACGAACACAGGUCUGACCAACCAGCAUAAACAACCCAAGAUUUCAUCUCCACUUUGUGUAUGGACGCCUGUGCUCCUGUUGCCAGAAUCCCUUGCAACAACAGACCUCUGAAAGAGUUGGACUCCCCUGACACAUUUUUGUAUUUUUCUCCAGAUCAUGCCAGUCAAAAUAGUUCAAUGUGACCAACCAAACUUCCUUCUGGUGCUUGACAGAGCUGGAAGUUGAUCUAUUAACCACAGCCCUCUCACAAAAUAUUCUUUGAAGCAUUUUCGAUCACACUUUACUGCCAGAUGCUCAGAUGAUGAAUAGGCUACUACACUCGGCUGUUGAAACUUUGCAAAUUCUUGCAUAGUCACAGUUGGACUUGGGAUUUCGUUUUAUUCGAACUUGCAGGGUAGUGAAACUCCUUCCCUUGGCAGCUGUCAGGCCAAGGUCAGGGGAUGGGCAGGUAGAGUUGUGAUGCCAAUAGCAACAGCAAUAGCAAGGAUUUGUACAGCACAUUGUCAUACAUGACUUUCAUUAAAUGUGCUCAAGAGAAAAGAAAGUGAAGAGAAAAGAAAAAAAAUAUAUUGUAAAGAGUAGAAAGUAUUAUAGAAAGUAGAUAACUAUGACAUGAAGCAGGUGAAAAUAUAUAUUUUUAGUUUCAUUAACAUGAGACUGUUGGGGCAGUUCUAAUUUGGAUAGGAAGCGGUCUCAGCAUGUAGCAGCAUAAUGGCUGAACGGCAUAUCACGGCACCCUUGGCACAACCAGUAGAGGACACUCAGAAGACCCAAGACAUCUUUUAGGAUGACAUUGCUCUAGCAUAUCUACAAUAUAUUUCUAUUAGGGCCUAGGCCAUUUAGUGACUUAUAACUGUCAGAAGAAUUUUAAACUCAUUUCCAAAUCUCACUGGUAGCCAGUGUAAUGGCCUAAGUACUGGAGUACUGGAUUAUCGCUUGUCUUUAUUUUGUUUAGAAUUCUAGCAUCACCAUUUUCCAUUGAUUGCGUGUCUGACUUUUGGGGACGACCUACUAUAAGUAGAUUAUUGCAAUAAAAUCAGUCUUGAAAAUGAGAUGGUCACCUACCGUGCCACAAUGACAAUGGUUUUCAUCUGUGAACUAAUAGGCUUGGUGUUGCACAAUAAAU